CGAGCAGCCGCAGGGGAUCCUCAGUCAUUGGCAGAGAGAGCAAGAAGCCGGGUGCUGGACAGGGGUUCCCCUGAAAUCAGCAUCUCCCAGAAAUCUAUCGGACAUCUGGCAACCACCCCCACAAAAUCCACCUACAUCCUCUAUCCGGGACCUCUGAAACCCACCUGCUCCUGUGUUCUAGAACCCUGGAAUCUUCACCUCCCCGACAUACACUAACCUUCCACAGCUAAACCCUUAGAUUCUGCACACCCCUAUAAGACCCAGCACCUCGUCCUAUCCCCCCGGGACUCUGUCCCCCUCUUAGUUUCCCCCAGGAUGAAUUUCCUCCGUCGCCGGCUGUCUGACAGCAGUUUUAUCGCCAAUCUCCCCAAUGGAUACAUGACUGAUCUACAGAGACCGGAGCCCCCCCAGCCGCCUCCCCCUGCCCCGGCCCAGAGGCAGCCCCCUCAGGUGCCCUCAGCGGGGGGGUUCUUCUCAUCCAUCAGUAACGCCGUGAAGCAGACAGCGGCCUCGGCCGGGUUAGCGCCACAAACUGCGGCUACAGAGCGCAGACUGCGCCACCUGCUGGUCAUAGAUCAUCCGCAAAUCGACUGGGCUAAAUGUUUUCGUGGGAAAAAAGUUCAUGGCGACUAUGAGAUAAGAGUUGAACAGGCUGAAUUUACAGAAAUCAAUCUCGUUGCACAUUCCGAUGGCACUUACGCUGUAGAUUUGCAAAUGGUUCGCAACGGGACAAAAAUAGACAGGUCAUUCAGACCAGAUUUUGUCCUUAUUCGACAACAUUCCUUUAGCAUGGCCGAGAAUGAAGACUUCCGUAACCUCAUCAUUGGAAUGCAAUAUGCCGGAAUCCCUAGCAUAAAUUCUCUGGAAUCCGUUUACAACUUCUCUGAUAAGCCAUGGGUGUUUGCCCAACUCAUAUCUGCUUACAAAAAGAUGGGACCUGAAAAAUUUCCAUUAAUCGACCAGACAUACUAUCCAAAUCACAAAGAGAUGCUGGCGAUGCCAACGUUUCCCGUUGUGGUUAAGAUCGGGCAUGCACACUCGGGCAUGGGAAAGGUUAAAGUGGAAAACCACUAUGAUUUCCAAGACAUUGCCAGUGUGGUAGCUUUGACGCAAACAUAUGCUACUACUGAGCCCUUCAUUGACUCCAAAUAUGAUAUCAGGAUCCAGAAGAUUGGCAACAACUACAAAGCAUAUAUGAGAACCUCAAUAUCCGGUAACUGGAAGACAAACAGUGGAUCGGCCAUGUUGGAGCAAGUCGCCAUGACAGAAAGGUAUAAAUUCUGGGUUGAUGCUUGUUCAGAAAUCUUUGGAGGUUUAGAUGUCUGUGGAGUUAAAAUUGUACAUGGAAAGGACGGAAAGGACUAUGUCAUUGAGGUCAUGGAUUGUACAAUGCCAAUAAUUGGAGAACACCAAGUGGAAGACAGACAGUUAAUAGCAGAUUUAGUGGUGAACAAAAUGAAUCAGAUUUUACCAAAAUCGCCAAUACCUUCUCCUCAGAGACCAACUGCAACUCAACAGCCACAGGGUGGAAUGCUGAAGGAUUCCGAUCAGACCAAGAUCCCAGCUCAGCGGCCCCCUCCACAAGGGGGCCCUUUGGAACCCCAAGGAUUGCAAUCAGACAGACAGCAGCCAUUACAGCAUGUGGAUUCACAAAGGAAUCAUGUUCAGGAUGCACUGAUACAGCAACAGGAUCCAUCAACUUCCACAUUUAAACAGCCUCACCUGGGACGGUCAUCUUCCACUACUGGCGAAGUCGAAACACAGUCAGGAGGGCAACCGAAUGUUACCCAGAAAGCUCAGCCGCACCCACAACUGAACAAGUCCCAGUCCUUGACAAACACCUUCAGCUUCAGCCAAUCAUCUUUCUUCCGAUCUGCAGGAAGCCAGGACGAAGCCAAGGCCGAAUCUAUCAGGAAUCUGAGGAAAUCGUUUGUCGGCCUUUUUUCAGAUUAACCUCCAGAAUGGAUGUGUAAUUAGUUAAUUAAUGCUCAGUAAGAAAUUGACUCCCUUCUGAGGUUUUAUUUCACUAAGCAAUGAAUUAUGGUAGAUUUACAUUGGAAUUCAAAUUACU